AUGUCGAAUCAGGUGGUGAAGUUGAAGCGGGGAUUGUCGAAAUUUGAAUUAUUUCUGAAUGAGACUUCUCCCUCCUCUCCUCCUGAUCCUCAUCCCGUGGAUUAUGGUUCUGGCGUCAGAUUAGAAUUUCAAUUUGAAGGAAAUGCAUAUAUAAGAAGCUCUCUGAUGAGGAAAUGGAAAGNUGCAGUUUGCAGGAAAUGCAUAUAUAAGAAGCUCUCUGAUGAGGAAAUGGAAUGCUGUCCAAUAUGCAAUAUCCAUUUAGGAUGUGCUCCAUUGGAAAAGUUGAGGGUGGAUCAUAAUUUGCAAGAUGUGAGGUCUAAGAUAUUUCCAUUCAAAAGGAGGAAGGUGGAGGCUCCUGAAGUUGUGACUCCAGUCACAUUACCUGCAAAGAGAAAGGAAAGAUCUCUCUCUUCCCUGGUCAGCACUCCAAGAGUAUCAACAUACAGUGGAAUGACUGGAAGAAGAUCAAAAUCUGUUGCAAGAAAAGCUUCAAGAGGCUCCAUUUUUACAAUAGAGAAAUCUCCUAAGAAAGGCGAAGUUCCUGUUGAAGACCACCUUGAAAGCUCUAGCGCGCCUUCGACUUUGAACAAAUUUCCUCAGAGUACCAGGCUGGAAAGGAGAUGCACUAUUGCCUCAGAUUUCUGCAAGUUACUUGAGAAUAAAACGCUCUAUGGAGAUGGGAAGAUUCUAGGGUUUUGCAGCAAUCCAAAAGUUCAAACGAGCUUUUGCUCUUUCUGGAUAAUUGAAAAUCAAUUGAAUCAGUAG